AUGAUCGAAGAAGAGGAGUUGUCCCAGGUGAGCGAAGCCAAGCCCUUGAGGCCUUCAAAGCCCCGAGCGAGCUAUGGAGGUACCAAAGAUGAGGAGGAUUGGAUGGCCACUGGCUUCACGGUUCAGGAGAUUAGCCCCCAGGUGAUGAGACUGUGGCUCUUCCUCCAGGUCUUAGGCUUGCUCUUCGAAUUCAACCUCUACCGCGAGGUCUCCUCGCACCUGAGGGACUUCGAAGCUGUGGUCGCCCGCGAGUGCGCUGACCCACGCCGCUUCCACGGCGUCUGCGUCGGACCUUCCUGGAACACCAGCAUUUUCCAGGACUUUGUCCUCCAUGGCCAUGACACCCACAACUUUCGCUUCUCCACGAGCUCCCAACCACCGACCUUUCUUUUGGCGGUGCAUCCGGGCGAAGUCGAACCAAAGGCCCUGGGCUCGACGGCCCCCGGCACCUGGGAGGAUGACCCUGAGAGAAAGGUGCGUUGGUCUUUGGAGGUCCAGCGGUUGGACCCAGCGCAAGCCUUACAGCCCUUGAAGUUCAUGCGUAGCGGAGCACAGGUCAUCACGGCCGAGGACCUCUCCGAAGAGGUGACGCGCGUUCCACGUGUGCAGUGGCAAGCGACGGUACGGAGCAUCGGCUUCUAUCGUCAAAGCGUGAGGUUUGUGGCCUUUGUGGAAGAUGCGGUGCGUGAGCAGCUGGUGGCCAUUCACCAGCACCCCCGCUGCUCCUUCAGCGUGUCCUGGAAGGCCUUUAAUCAGCAGCACCAGGGACAGAGCCAUUUGGCACUCUCCAGGUGCGAAUCCCUCUUGGGUGUCUUCCUGGUGGUUGGCAGCGCAGCCGUGUGCUUGGUUCAUCGGGAGCUGGAAGCGACCUCACCGAAGUCGCGCAGGUUUCACCUGGUGGUCUUGGCCAAGUUCAUUCUGCAGGACGUGCCACAGCAAAUUUGCUUUGUCCUGUACCUCUUCGGAUGGUACGAGGCAGGCGGCUUGCGGUGUCAGCUGUGUCUCUUCGAUGCGGAGCACUGCAGCGAUGAGGAUGCAUUCCACUUCAGCAAUGUGGUAGUUGUUGGUUUGAUUUUAGUGUCCUCCCUGGCCAACCAGCUGCUGAUCCGUCCCGUGCGGAAGAGGAGGUACACCGAAGAUGACGUGUGCAUGCACAUGUGGAUCCGCGUCGGCGGCACGCGGGCGACCUGCGAGGGGCGCGCACCAGUGAAGGAUGCGGAACGGGAAGACCCAGCUGGAACGGCUGAUGAGUUGCAUGGCUCGGCCAGGCUCCAAAAGAAGCGAGCAGCUCAGGAGGUGAGCAGUUCAGCGGUCUCCCGUUGGGAGUCAGGGUCUUUGGCCUCUGAGUUGAAGUCGGUGACGCAAACGGCAAUGCAGCAGACCAAGGAGGCCGUCAUCGGAGAGGCCAAGAUCGUGGCGAAAGAUAUGGUUGACUUGAAGGACGGUGUGGCAGAGGGCAUGCGGCUCACGGUGCAAGACAGCCACUUGUUGCGGGAGAGGCUCCAGCAACAGACACGGAAGGUCUUUCAUCGAGAGGAGUCCUCUUCCGCUGGGGCAACUUCAACAUCCUCCACCGAAAAAAGGCCGAUCGGUUUUGGGCUCGUUUCCAGGUGA